AUGGCUUUUACUGGUACGGGCCCUGACGGUGAAAGGUCCUCUGAUAUUCAACAUGUCAGCUUUGGGUAUAAAUGUGUAUCAGAGAUUCCAACAGACAUAUUUGAUCCGUCCCAAUGCAGAAUCAGACCAUUAAGAAGACUCAUCACAAUUACGCACACCUCAACAAUUAUCGUCCCCUCUUCAACGUUAGGCGUUGUACCGACGAGAACUCCUAUGGGACCAACGGUAACUCUUAUCGCACCAUCUACUACUAGAACCUUGACUUCCAUCGCACAACCCACCGUACCGCCCACUGGAAUAGCUGCGAUUGCUCUUAGUGAGAUCUCUAGCUGGAACUCAAUUGCCGCAACCGCGACAGAUCCAAUAUUGAAAGGUGCAUUGAAAUCCGCCAUUAGUCAAGAGAGUCUCGCUGCUAGCUUAACUCCGGGUGCUUACACCGCUGUUAUCACACUUUCGCCCGCGGAACAAACUGCUAUAGACAAGGCAAACAAAGACAGCGUUCGAAAUCAACAUACCACCACUAUAGUCUUGAGUGUUUUCGCUGUUUUGCUAUUUCUAGGAUGUAUCUACAUGCUCGGCUGGUACUUUCUGCGAAAGCAUCGUCAACGAAGAGGAAGAAAGAUGCCUCCACUUACCGAAUAUGUUCCUCCCAAUUUAGGUUCUUUGGGCGGUCUGAUGGCUGAGAUGGGUCGGGAAAAUGUUCUUGAGCGAGAGGAACACGACAGUAUAGCUGAUGGGAUUCGUAGAGUUCCGAGGGUUCCAAAGCCUCCGAGAGUUCAUAGUACUUUGCAAGAACUAGAGAUUCCAGAAGGAUUUGCGGAGUUACCUGGCUCUGUUCCAGAGAUACAACCAGUGGGACAUACGGGACUACAACGUGAAGGCGAAGAGGUAGCGAACUCAGAGAAAAUUCUCCACGAAGUUUGA